AUUAUACCCAUUCAAGGCUCCAUCGUGUCCGUGGUCAAAGUAUCCAUAAUAAAAUAUUUUUCGAUAUUUUUACUCACUGACAGAACAAGUGUAUUAUAAAUUUUAGUAAAUUUAAAAUUUUGAAACAUAUUUGUUGCAAAUUAAUAAAUGGUCUCUACUUUUACGCUCUUUGUCAAAAUAUUAAAAUACAAAUAAUUCAGUUCUGAAACAAAAUAAAAAAUUUAUCGAAUUUUCUUUUUUUAACAUGGAUGUGUUAAAUAAAUUAAGAAACACAGUGAGUAAUACAAUAAGUAACACAGUUAAUAGCACAGCUUAUGGACUCUCCCAGCUGUCAAAUGUCUUACCAGGUAAUCCAGUGACACGAGAAUUUGAAGUGACAGCUCAAAUUGCCAGUGCGGGUCCCGGUUUGCUGUGGAAAAUUUACAGCGGGUAUAAAAAGUCUACAAAACAAGCAGCCGCGAUAUUUGUCUUUGAAAAGAGAUUAUUAGACAGAUGUUCAAGUAAACAAGAACGUGAGGUAAUUCUGGAAGCUCUAAAACGUGGCGUUACUCAAUUAACCAAACUGAGACACCCGCAAAUACUGACAGUUCAACAUCCACUUGAAGAAUCUCGUGAUAGUCUUGCUUUUGCUACUGAACCAGUCUUUGCUAGCUUGGCAAAUGUUAUAGGGAAUAUUGAAAAUAUUUCACAAAUAAGUUCAAAAGAUUUGAAAGACUACAAACUACUGGACGUGGAAAUAAAGUAUGGUCUACUUCAACUUGGAGAAGGACUUGCGUUUUUGCACAGUGAUGUCAAACUGUUGCACAGGAAUUUAUGUCCAGAGUCAGUUGUCAUUAAUAAAAAUGGUGCUUGGAAGAUAUUUGGAUUUGAUUUUUGCGCUUUAAAUCAAAGUCCCAAUGAUAAAGAGCCUUCUUGGUCUUAUAUUGAAUACGAUCCCAACGUAUCAUCGAUUGGUCAAGCUCAUUUGGACUACCAAGCGCCAGAAAGCAUUGUAGCAGGUAGUUGUGGCCCUCCGAGUGAUAUAUUUGCACUAGGACUAUUCAUCUAUACACUGUAUUCACCCGGGAAUCGGGCAUUCAAUGAAUGCCACGGCGAUAUAUCAAAGUGCCGAAGAUUCUUCGCGGACUACAAAACAUCAGCAGCCUCGAAGUUGACUUUGAUUCCCGAGAAUCUUCGAGAAACUGUCAAGUUAAUGUUGAGUAGUAAUCCGGAGCUGAGACCCGAUGCUCAUCAGUUUAUCAAAAUUGAAUACUUCAAUGACAUCGGAGUCAAGACAUUAAAUUAUCUCGAGAAACUAUUUCAAUGGGACAACCUCCAGAAGUCACAGUUUUAUAAAGGGCUUCCCCAAGUGAUGAAACAACUGCCCCAUCGAGUUGUUUUACACCGAGUUCUCCCAUGUCUCUACAAAGAAUUCGUCAAUGCUCCGAUGAUUCCUUUUGUGUUACCAAAUAUUUUACAAGUCUUAGAAGAAUGUACCGUUGAUGAAUUUACGGAACACAUUCUUCCAAACAUAAAACCCGUUCUCGCUAUGGAGGAUCCACCUCAAAUUAGUCUGGUAAUUAUUCAGCGCAUUGAUAUUCUUCUUAAACUCUGCUCAGCCAGUGUAAUAAAGUCAGAUAUUGUGCCGAUGCUGACUCGGGCACUAGACUCACCUAUGGAGCAGCUUCAAGAACUUUGUCUUGCUGCAUUACCCUCGAUAGCGACGUUGAUUGACGGUCCGACUAUGAAGAAUGUCAUCCUUCCGAGAAUUAAAAAAAUUUGUUUGAAAGGACCAGGUCACAGUACGAGUUUAAGCUUACGUGUUAAUUGCUUGCUGUGUCUUGCGAAGAUGUUGGAACACUUGGAUCGAUGGCUUGUACUGGAUCAGAUACUACCAUUCCUUCAAGAAAUUCCUCAUUCUGGCGAACCUGCUGUUCUUAUGGCAUUGAUAGGAAUAUAUAAGUUGGUUUUGACUCAUAGCAAAUUGGGCAUCAAUAAAGAAAUACUUGCCACCAAAGUAUUGCCGUCUUUACUGCCACUUUGCAUUGAACAAAGUUUGAGUCCGUCGCAGUUUGAAAUUCUAGCUGCUUUGAUAAACGACAUGGUGAAUCGUGUGACGACGGAACAUCGUGAAUCGCUGCGUCAGUUGGAUGCAGUACGUCGCGAAGCGCAGCAACUUGAUGACGCUUUGAAACAAACGGCAAAUCCAUCGACUGUUGAUGUACUAAAUGACGCUUUUCCAUCCAGCAAAAUGUUCCCGGUGGUGGCUCCUCUGAAAGAUCAAAAAGGAUUGACGUUAGAAGAAAAACACAGGUUUUCUCAACAACAAGAAUCAAAUCAUCGAUUGCAUGCGCAAAGUCCAUUGACACCAAAAACACCAUCACAGCCCAAGAAAAUAGAACCUAAAGAUCUUACGAGUACACUUUUAGAGAACAAUCUUAGUCAGUUAAAUUUAUCAGCAACCAAACCCGUGCAGCCCAACUACACUAGUUUUACUUCGCCUUCUUGGGAUACUAAUAUCAAUCAAAACCAAUGGAAAAACACAAACUCGAUGCCUAUGUCAUUGUCAACUAAGCCUUCGAAUGUACCAAUCAAUUGGAAUCUAAAUGGAAUGGACACAUCAAUAAAUUGGGGAUCGCAGUCUACACCAAAUCAAAUUUCUCAAUGGACUAGUCCUAAACCACAAACAAAUAAAAAUAAUAGUGAUUCUAUUAGAAUAGGCGCAAUGAACUCCAUGAUGAUGCCAACAAGUCCUGAAUCAUUUAAUAAUUUGCAGCAGAACAAACCUGCUAGUUUAUCCACACAAGAUAUUAUUGACUUUCUUAGCUAAUAAAGUGUAGUAAGUUUUUUAUUUUUAUUAUUUGUACUAUAUAUUUGUAAUAUUUAUAAUAACUAUUAUUAAUUUAAUUAAUGCUGAUAUUUUUUGUGAUUUGCAUCAUUAAAUAAAUGUAUCACUUAUAAAAUUGUAUAUAAAUAUUCGAAAAAAAAAAAUUAUUUUUUCUUUUCAUUCGAUCUAAGUAGAUAAAGUGGUAUCUAAUAAUUUUAAAAACAAUCUAUUGUCUAAUUUAUAAUUUAUGAGUAUCAGACCUAAUCACUUCUUAUAUUUGUAUAGAUAUAUUUAGUAAAUAUAUACAAAUACAUGAGUGACCGAGCACUGGGUCUCUUACCUCAGAUUUGAAUAAA